AUGGACUCUGUGGUUGGAUUGACGGUGUGGGUCAAGCUCAAGGAUCAGGUCAUCGUCUACGGAGUCGUUGAAUCCCUCACGCCGGGAUCGCAUCUGACACUCGCCAAUGUAUUCUUUCCCGCCACGAACUCGCGCGUCGCGCGCUGGGACAUUCAAGUGACGGCCAUUGUGGACCUGCAGGUGAUGCCAGAUGGUGGUCCACCGCCGCAAGCAGCAGCUCCACCACCACCGCCGCCAUCGACGCACCCAAGCCACCAACAACACCAACAACAGCACAUCUUCCCGCAACGGCAGACAUCCAAUGCGGGUGUUCCGCAAUCCCAAGUCCACCAGCAAUCCCAUUUCGCCCAUCAAGCCCCACCACCCGCCCAUCAUCACCACCCUGCCGUGGAGUUGCCUGCCUUCCGCCAUGUUUCCGCCGUGGAAAUCCCACCAGCUGCGCCUACUCCGCCGCCCCGGAAACCGGCAGCUUUCAUUGAUCCCGCGAUCGUCAGCUUCGCCAAUGCGUCGCCCACGCCCAAGAAGAGCUCCACGCAGCCCGGCCCGCUGGACACACCCGUCAAGUCGAUGCUGGCAAGAGCGGCCCAAAAUCUUCCUAGCUCUCCCGGAUCACCCUUCAUCGGCGACAUGACUGGCGGCAAGGCCAACGUGCAGAAGCCGACGGCGACGGCGAAGCAACUUAGUGCGAUGCCACCCGUUAGCCAGCCCAAGCCUCCAGCUCCCACCGUUGUGGAAGCUCCUGAGAGCAGCAUUCAAGACGCUGCACAACCGGACGGCAGCGCGAAAAAGAAGGUGCGGCGGGGACAAAAGUCUAAGAAACAGGCCCCCACUGCCAUAGACACGGCCGACCCGCCUGCUGUAAUGAACGCGGAGGUAUCGCGUAAUGGCAAUGAUAUGAAUGGCGGCGUGAAGCGAGGCAAGGGUUGGCGUAGUACUCCACUCCUGCAGCCCUCGCCGCAGACUAGCAGUCCAUUGGAUCAGUCCAACACCAAGAAGAGUCGGAGGAGGGAGAAGGAGGAGCUUGACUUUGCACAGGGCGACACAACCGACAUUCAGGACAUGGGAGACUUUGACUUUGAGACGGAGCUCAAGAAGUUCGACAAGAAGACUGUCUUCGAUGAGAUUCGCCAGGGAGAUACCACCGCGGACGAGGACCGUCUUGUCAGCCACAAUCGCGCACGGCCAGGCACAUACGGAGGCAAGAAUCUGCACCCAACAGAAAACGUACUCUCUCCCAAGUUGGAGGCCAAGUACAACAGCCAUGACCACCUCAACAGCUCUACCAGUGAUGCCGACACCGAGCUGAAUCUCAACACUGCCAAUGGGAGAUCCUCCUCAAAACAUUCCGUUUCGCGCACCGUCUUCCCACGAACGAAGCCCGCAAGACAGAGCAGCGGACAGCACGUCGGUCUUGGUGUGGAAUCGAGACAGCAUGGGCUCGCAGCGUCGAUCUCGACCGACCGAGCGAGGACCAGGUCGACUGCCUCACUUGUCAGCAGGGCCAAGAAGUCCACCUCUGUGGCGGCCUCCUCUCCACGUCCUGACCGUCCAAACUCCCCACAUUCUGCAGUCUCCGCUGCACGCAAGUCGGAAUACACACUACCGGAACCAUACUUUGGCAUCCGGCCGCACUUGGCGGCGUGCCCAACUCUGCUUCCGCGAGCUUUGGCAACAUUGGAGGCUGCAACGAUCGCCACCUUCGGACUUACUGUCGACGCAAUCACGGAGAGCGCAGCACGCGGCAUCGCUGAAGCUGCGCUGCAGCUGUCAGAAGAGAGCGGCGUUAGACGGCCAUCACGAACAAAUACCUUACGUGGAAGCAUGAGCAUGACAUCGAGCGCUGUCCUCGAGAGUAACAGCAGUCCACCGCUUGGAGAGCAACCUACCAUCGUUGUGCUCGCAGGAAACCACGCCAUCGGCGCUCGUGCACUGGCGGCGGCACGUCAUCUGCUUGGCCGCAACAUCAAAAUCAUCGUAGCAGAAUCCCUGUUUGAAAGCACCGAGACACAAGAUGCACAUAUCAAGACUCAGGGUACCAUCCUCCGUCGUAUGGCGCGUGGCGGCGCCAGCCUUAAGCGUGGACUGUGGAAGAAGGCCUCGGCAUACAUCAAGGCUCUUCCAUCGCCACCUACGAUCAUCAUCGAUGCGUUAUUGGCGGGCGCUACAUACGAAUCUCUCCUCACACCAGACUCGGGCUAUAGCACCAAGGUCCAGGCCGAGACUAGGGACAUGAUUGAUUGGGCGAAUCGCUCGCGAGCGUCAGUGCUGAGCAUCGGCUGUCCGUCUGGCGUCAGUGGAAUUGAUGGCUUGGCCACAACGGUCGAAGGAGAGCCACUCGCUGUCCGACCGGCGAAAGUGUUGGCAUUGGGCGCGCCUUUCACGGGUCUACUGAAGGCUACGGAAGCCGGAGAGAAGUGGGAAGUCGGCGUGAUCGACAUUGGCAUAAACAUUGCAUUAAAAAGCGAAGAAGCAGUGGCUUUCGGAAGGCAAGGCUGGCAUGUCGAUCUGGAAUACGUGGGUGGGGAGGCAUGA